AUGAGGAGGGAAAACGGGGGUGCCCAGCGGAACACAGCCCAGUUAGGCACGGGGAGCCGCCAACAGCCCAACGCAGCCCAGGGGCCAGACAGGUGUGUGGGGAGGAAAGGCCGGACUCAAGGCCAGAAAGCAGAGCAGAUCACGGAGGGCCUACGGGCCAGACACGCAGACCCCGCGCUCACUGGACCGGACGGGCCGCCGGCAGCCCCAGCAGGCUCCCUGCAGGUGCGCCCGGAGCACGGGGGUGCGGACUCCGUUCCAGUCGCAUCCUGCCGACAGCCGAGUCCGGCCGGCUGGCUCCUCAGGAAAAGAAAACCAUAUUUCAUGGCAGAGGACAGAGCUCCGGGGCCCAUCCUGAAGCCGCCGGUAUUUCGUGUUGAUGACAGCACACCCGAAGUGGUGCAGAGUGUCCUGCUGGAGCGUGAGUGGGACAAGUGCGAUAAAGGAGAGCACAACGUGGAGGACUGGAACCUGUACUGGAGGACCUCCUCCUUCCGGAUGACCGAGCGCAGCAACAUCAAGCCGGGGCAACACCUCAACCACCACCCGGGCACCGCCAAGCUCACCAGGAAGGACCAUCUGGCCAAACACCUGAAGCACAUGAAGAAGAUGUACGGCACGCCCCUGUACGAGUUCAUCCCCCUGACAUUCAUCAUGCCCAAGGACUACAAGUUUGUGGCCGAGUACUUUAGGGAGAAGCACGUGCUGGGCGCCAAGCACAGCUACUGGAUUUGCAAGCCUGCCAAACUCUCUCGCGGGCGGGGCGUCAUCAUUUUCAGUGACAUUAAAGACUUAAUCUUUGAUGAUACAUACGUAGUACAGGACUAUAUCUGCAACCCUCUCCUUGUGGGCAGAUAGAAAUGUGACCUCCGCAUCUACAUUUGUGUCACCGGCUUUAAGCCUUUGACCAUUUAUAUUGAUCAAGAAGGGCUAGUGCGGUUUGCCACGGAAAAGUCUGACCUCACUAAUGUGCAGAAAAAUUAUGCCCAUUUGGCCAACAGCAGCAUCAAUAAAUCUGGGGUCUCGUAUGAGAAAAUCAAAGAAGUGAUUGGUCACGGCUGCAAGUGGACCCUCAGCAGAUUCUUCUCCUACCUUCGCAGUUGGGAUGUGGACGAUCUGCUUUUGUGGCAGAAAAUCAACCACAUGGUUAUUCUCACGGUGCUCGCCGUUGCUCCCUCGGUCCCCUUCGCGACCAACUGCUUUGAGCUCUCUGGGUUUGACGUUUUGAAUGAUGAAAACUUGAAACCGUGGCUUCUAGAGGUCAACUUCAGCCCCGCCCUGUCCGUAGAUUGUUCGGCGGACGUAUCAGUGAAGAGGAAGCUUAUCCAUGACACCACUGAGCUGAUUUACUUGCAGGGUCUAAGAAACGAGGCCAGAUGUCGUGACGGUGUUGAGGGGAGCCGCAGCGUCUCCCUCGCCAAGCCGGACGCGGGGAGACUCAGCAAGGCUUGUAGCACUCUGUCCCGUGAGUCCCUUUCACAGCUCACAGGUAAGACAUUUAAGGAUGAAUCUGCUGUGAAGAAAGCCGUAAAAACACGCCCUGAAAACAAACAUGCCUCCCAGCCAAGGGAAAUGACGAGCAGGAAGAAGGGCCUACUUCUGUCAACAAAAGAACCCCCCAAAACCAAGCCAAAGCUAAAGGGUAGACACCUGACCCAUAAGACGCUCUUUCCAUUCAUGUCACUCAUUCAGUCGUGUGUGGGCAAGACCAGCAUCUCCCCGUGCGUCCCCUCGGACAACAGCAAGGUGCCAGAUCUCCAAGCAGGGAACUUUGUGCUCAUUUUUCCUUUCAAUGAAGCUACUUUUGGAGUUUCUAGGAAUGGAUUAAAUGUCCAAAGAAUAAUCCAGGAGCUCCAGAAACUAAUGAAUAAGCAACAUCCCCACCUGGUGGAAAAGGGAGCAAAGAGAAGGUGAAAGGGUUUCGGGGAAACCAGGGAUUCCUUUGCCAGGGACAGCAAUGGCUCAGCCCUUGACCUCUGCAUGCAGCACAUCGACCACGUCACUGGGACCCCUGAGUGGCUGCGUAUGUAAAUAUAGCGACUCUGCAAAUUUGGACACGUUCAGGCGGGGA